AUGGCGAAGGAAAAGGAGCUAGACGUUUCGGAUCCUUCGUACCUCCACCUGCUCUCUGCAUUUCUCGCCAUGGAGCCACCCGAUGUCGUAAUCUCCUUUGCCAGGGAGUGUGGCGGAGAUUCAAUUACUGAAACAGCGCAGAGCUUCAUUUGGCAUCACUGUAUUAGCAAGGCUGAUGUGAAAUGGCAGGGGCCUUACUUGAAAAGAUUUAUCAAGAAGCUCAUUGUUGAAAUUGAAUCGAGUGGCGGUGUAGUUUUGGAUGCACUGUACGAGCGGAAAUUGGAGUUCAAACUUCAGUGUUCUCUCAACAUGCUCGAAGGAGAUACGGGGUGCUCUAUUUGGCCAUCAAGUCUUUUCCUGUCAGAAUUUAUACUUUCUUUCCCAGAUAUAUUCUCAAAUAAAUGUUGCUUUGAGGUUGGUUCGGGUGUUGGAUUGGUUGGCAUCUGUCUAGCCCACGUGAAUGCCUCUAAGGUGAUACUUAGUGAUGGCAACCUGUCAACUUUAGCGAAUAUGAAGCUUAACUUGGAACUAAACCAUCUGAGAACUGGAAUGCAGUUACUAGACCACCAUACAAAUUGCAAUAUGGUGCAUUGUGUUUGCUUGCCAUGGGAAUCAGCAUCAGAAGAUGAGCUUUGUUACUUCACACCCGACAUAAUUUUGGGCGCAGAUGUAAUUUACGACCCAUCAUUCCUUCCACACCUUGUUCGAGUUUUGGUUGUUCUAAACUUCACACUUUUAAGUCCAAGAGAAGAAGUUCGCGCUGGUCGUGAGUUUGAUGCUAGUCAACACAAAGUGAUGAGUAAUGCUACACAAAAUGCAGAGUUUUCCAGUGAUCCUUCGGUUAAAGGUCGGGUUGCAUAUAUUGCUUCCGUGGUUCGUAAUAUUGACACGCUUCUUUACUUUCUCUCACUUGCAAAACAGUCCAAUCUUAUUGUCACUGACCUUUCCGAAAAGGUCAAGCCAUUUAAUUUUCUUCCUUACAUAAGAUCGUAUCCGCAAUCUAGCAUAAGGAUGUUCAGAAUUUCAUAUUGA